UACAGGAAUAUACAUGUACUAUCGCCAAAACCCUAGGAGCACUUCUCUUGCAUUCUCUGAGUUUCUUGUCGCUUGCCUCUUUUCAGCCGCUGCCGCCUCCGUUGCGCUCCGAAUCAAAAUGGUCCUUUCAAACGAUUACGAUUUGCUCAACCCACCGGCGGAGCUUGAAAAGAGGAAGCACAAGCUCAAGCGUCUCGUUCAAUCCCCGAAUUCUUUCUUCAUGGAUGUCAAGUGCCAAGGCUGCUUUAACAUAACAACUGUAUUUAGCCAUUCUCAGACGGUGGUGGUGUGCGGAAAUUGUCAGACAGUGCUUUGCCAACCUACAGGUGGGCGCGCCAGACUUACAGAGGGCUGCUCCUUCAGGAGAAAGGGUGAUUAAAUCUAAUGUUGCUUGAUUAUAUAUAUACUCUCCUUGCAUUCAUGGUAUAAUGAAUUACUAGUAAUUGAAUUCACAAGAAUGUGAGAAAGUAUAUAUAUUUUUUUCUAAUUCUUUAUCUUGGAUGCAUGUAUCAAUUCGAAUUGGUCGUAAUUAACAGUUUUUGCUUUAGAAUAUGACAUUGUUAUUUAAACCCUUUGGUUUUGGGGUGUGAUGGAUGCUUCUCCUC